UCGAGAAGCGUCGGGGAGAGUCGAGGGAGGUGACGGGUGCACGGGGAGGCGAGGAGGGCAUCGGGGUCGCCGCGGCCGGCGCCCCAAAGUUCUCCGAGAUGUGGCUGAAGCCCGAGGAAGUGCUCCUCAAAAAUGCGCUGAAGCUGUGGAUGAUGGAAAGGUCCAAUGACUACUUCGUGCUGCAGCGGCGUCGGGGCUAUGGGGAGGAAGGCGGAGGGGGGCUCACAGGGCUUCUGGUUGGGACACUUGAUUCAGUCUUAGACUCAACUGCAAAAGUAGCUCCAUUUCGCAUCCUACACCAGACACCUGAUUCUCAAGUUUACUUGUCAAUUGCAUGUGGGGCCAACAGAGAAGAAAUAACCAAACAUUGGGAUUGGUUGGAGCAAAAUAUAAUGAAGACUUUGUCUGUGUUUGAUUCAAAUGAAGAUAUUACUAAUUUUGUACAAGGAAAGAUAAGAGGAUUAAUCGCUGAAGAGGGAAAGCAAUCUUUUGCGAAAGAAGAUGAUCCAGAGAAAUUUCGUGAAGCCCUUUUGAAAUUCGAAAAAUGCUUUGGUUUACCAGAGCAAGAGAAGUUAGUCACCUACUACUCCUGCAGUUACUGGAAAGGACGGGUUCCUUGCCAGGGAUGGCUUUAUCUCAGCACCAACUUUCUGAGCUUCUAUUCUUUUUUGUUGGGAUCAGAAAUAAAACUCAUAAUCUCCUGGGACGCAGUUUCAAAACUCGAAAAGACUUCCAAUGUCUUACUGACUGAGAGCAUUCAUGUGUGUUCCCAAGGGGAAAAUCACUACUUCUCAAUGUUCUUGCAUAUAAACCAGACAUACCUUCUGAUGGAACAAUUAGCCAACUAUGCUAUAAAGAGACUUUUUGAUAAGGAAACAUUUGAUAAUGACCCAGUCCUCGAUGAUCCUCUACAAAUUACCAAGAGAGGUCUGGAAAAUCGAGCCCAUAGCGAGCAGUUUAAUACCUUUUUUAGGCUGCCCAAAGAGGAGACUUUGAAAGAAGUACAUGAAUGUUUCUUAUGGGUACCAUUCAGCCACUUCAAUACUCAUGGGAAAAUGUGCAUCUCAGAAAACUAUGUCUGCUUUGCUAGCCAGGAUGGUAAUCUCUGUAGUGUAAUCAUCCCAUUACGAGAGGUUUUAGCUAUAGAUAAGACAGAUGAUAACAACAAAUCUGUUGUCAUUAGCAUCAAAGGAAAAAGAGCAUAUCGCUUCAGUGAAGUAAAAGAUUUUGAGCAGCUUGUGUCAAAACUCAAGUUAAAGUGUGGGACAGCUUCAGUUAAAAAUCCUGAUAUUGGCACAGAGGUUCCUUUAAGUUCUGAUUCUGUAGAUCCACCUGACAGUACUGAAGUACCAACAGAUCAGAGGGAGUGCAGCAAAACUGUGAACACGGAAGCCUUAAUGACAGUCUUUCAUCCACAGAAUUUGGAAACUCUUAACUCCAUUAUGCUGAAAGAAAAGAUGAAGGAACAGUCAUGGAACAUCCUAUUUGGAGAAUGUGGACGUGGUGUUAGUAUGUUCCGAACCAAAAGAACUCGAGAUCUGGUUGUAAGAGGCAUUCCAGAGACCUUAAGAGGAGAGCUGUGGCUACUUUUUUCAGGUGCUGUUAAUGAUAUGGCUACUAAUCCUGGUUAUUAUGCUAACGUGGUUGAGAAAUCCUUUGGUACCAGCAACUUGGCUACUGAGGAAAUUGAACGUGAUUUGCGUCGCUCUCUUCCUGAGCAUCCAGCCUUUCAAAGUGAUACUGGUAUAUCUGCCCUGAGGCGGGUGCUUACAGCUUAUGCAUACAGGAAUCCCAAAAUUGGAUACUGCCAGGCAAUGAACAUUUUGACUUCAGUAUUGCUUCUGUAUGCGAAAGAGGAAGAAGCAUUUUGGCUUCUGGUUGCUGUUUGUGAAAGAAUGUUGCCUGAUUAUUUUAAUCGUCGAAUCAUUGGUGCCUUGGUGGAUCAGGCAGUAUUUGAGGAACUUAGCAGGGACCACUUCCCCCAGCUCACAGAACGGAUGACUGAUAUGACAUUCUUUUCCUCAGUUUCUCUUUCAUGGUUUCUCACACUUUUUAUUAGUGUGCUGCCUAUUGAAAGUGCAGUGAACGUGGUGGACUGUUUCUUCUAUGAUGGAAUACGGGCCAUUUUACAGCUGGGAUUGACUAUAAUUGAAUAUAAUUUAGAUAAACUGCUGGCAUGUAAAGAUGAUGCUGAAGCUGUGACAACUUUAAACAGGUUCUUUGACAAUGUCACUAAUAAGGAUAGCCCACUGCCUUCGAGUGUUCAGCAGGGUGCAAAUGUAAGUGAUGGGAAAAAAAGCAGUCAUAUCAAAGUGGAUAUUGCAGACUUGAUUCGAGAAUCAAAUGAAAAAUUUGGUACAAUUCGCUAUGAAGACAUACACAGCAUGCGCUGUCGCAAUAGGUUAUAUGUGAUACAGACACUAGAGGAAACAACAAAGCACAAUGUGUUGCGUGUCGUAUCACAAGAUGUGAAAUUGAGCCUUCAUGAGUUGGAUGAACUUUAUGUCAUAUUUAAGAAAGAACUGUUUUUUUCUUAUUAUUGGUGUUUGAGUUGUCCAGUUUUGAAGUACCAUGAUCCCAGUCUGCCAUAUUUGGAACAAUAUCAGAUUGACUGCCAGCAGUUCAGAGUGUUAUAUCACUUGUUGAGCCCUUGGACUUCUUCUCCAAACAGAGACUCACUAGCAUUAUGGACAUUCAGAUUGCUGGACGAAAACUCUGACUGCCUUAUAAACUUCAAAGAAUUCUCCUCUGCAGUUGACAUAAUGUACAAUGGAAGUUUUAUUGAGAAAAUUAAACUGCUUUUUAAGCUGCAUAUUCCUCCAGCUUAUACUGAAGUGAAACCAAAGGAUCCUUCCAAGAGAGAUGAACUUUCCAAGGAAGAAUUACUUUAUUUCAGUCAACUCCAUGUUUCCAAGCCUUUGGAUGAGAAGGAAGCAAAACCCAUAAAAAGCAGCCCUGAGAAAGGCAAAGAAAAAGUUGAUAUACAAGAAUAUCUGAGUCAGUGGCAAGAUGAACUUUCCAAAAAAGAAGAAAGCAUUAAGGAUUUACCGAGAAUGAAUCAGUCACAAUUUAUUCAGUUUUCAAAGACCCUAUUUAACUUAUUUCACGGGGAUCCUGAAGAAGAGUCAUUAUAUCAAGCCGUUGCUAUUGUAACCAACCUUUUACUCAGGAUGGAAGAAGUUGGAAGAAAACUACAUAGCCCUCCACCAUCAGCCAAAGAAUUCUCUGAGAUAGUUUCGGCUUCUGGAGGACCCAGGCCAGAGGAAACUGAGAGGCUAUUAGAGAAAGAUUCUUCCUCUCCCAAGGAAGAACCUCAGUGGUCAUUUGCAUUUGAACAGAUCAUUGCUUCUUUGUUGAAUGAGCCAGCACUGGUGAGAUUUUUUGAGAAGCCGGUUGAUGUAAAAACUAUACUAGAAAAUGCAAAGAGUUCUCAGUUAAGUUGUAGAAUUAAGAUAUAAAUUCUUAACAUGAAUUGCCGACCAAUACAAGUAAUUUUUUUAAAGAUACCUGUGAGUAGGCAUUCAAGGAUUUAUCUUGUUACCGAUGUGCUUAAAAGUUUUUUUUUUUUAAAUGGUAUUCGGAAGCACAAGAACUCAUUCCUUCAUGGUGAACUCUAAUUUUUAUAUUCUCUGGUACAAAUGUACUUUUUGUAUUUCACAUUAUAUGCUGUAUCAGGGGAAUAGGCUAAAUGUUACCACCAGAGGGCGCCAUGAUAUCACUUUUAAAGAUUACUAAUCUGUGCUGCUAUUUACAUAUGAAUCGCUGAUUAUUUUGGAAAUGUGGCAUUGUAUUUAAGUGUUAGUAAUGUUAAUGUGCCAUGUAGAUAAAAGUUACUUACCAAAUUGCCUCAGUCCUAUUAGAAUGCUUUGGAAAACCAGGCUCUUAGAUCUAUAGCCUUAAUUAUCUACAAAAUUACCAUAUGAAGGCCUCCUUUUCAAGUAACCUCUUAGUAAUAAUAUUGACUUUUUAAAGUUAGUGUUAUUCAGUCUUCUAAUAAAGUUUUUAGUAAAUGUGUUUGUUCUUAACUGAGUGAUUAAGUAACUGAUGAUUCUUUUUUUUUUUUUUGUAACUGAUGAUUCUUAACUGUUAGUAAUAAAAAGUCAGGAGCUCAAAAUUGUGGGCUGAUGUAAGGAAAACUGAUAUUGAAUUUAGAUUUACGCUGGAUAAAGCCAGCCUUUUCAGACAGGGUAAGGAAUGAUUCAAUUAACUGUACAGGUCUUUCAUUAGACUGAUAAAUUAGUUGAAAUUCUGAGUACUGCCUCUUGUAACAUUUGUCUCAGACUAACUUGUGGCUGUUUUAGUUUUAGCUUUAUAUUUUAGUUUUUUUCACCAGUCAUGUUUACGUUAGAUAGAUUGAAUUAUUGUAUUAGCUUAGCAGGCUCAUAAAGUUUGUGUAUAAUGAUUACUAAGUUAUUGGAUUGCAGGUAUCUAAAAAGCUUUGACUAUCUAACUUAGAUGUAUAAUUUCUAUAAACUUUAUGCAUUUUACAUUCCAUUAAUUACAAUGAAAAUUCCAUUAGAAAUAAUGGGAUUUUUAGCACUUUAAAGAAGAAAAAAUAUACAAUGAACUACACCAGUCCAAUUUUCUGUGUUAUUCCUUAUAAGAAAUUUAAUCGUUAGGAAAUUCUAAGGAGAUAUCAUCCAUUGGAGUUUUUUCUCUUCUGGUCUGAUUCUUAAGUAAUAUUCCCAGAAGGUCACAUAUUGAUGCCAGACUUAGGGAAAAUGCUCAAUUUACAUAGUGUACUACAAGCUAGAAAUAGUGGACCCAAGAGAUCUUCUAGCCUCAGCCUCCCAAUUAAUCCCAGCAUUUACAGGCACACAUCACUGCACCCAGCCUUUGGAAUUUAUGCUGGAGUGAUAGCACAGCGGGUAAGGCAUUUGCCUUGCGUGGGGCCGGCCCGGGUUCAACUCCUCCGUCCCUCUCAGAGAUCCCGGCAAGCUACCGGGAGUGUCCCGCCUGCACGGCAGAGUCUGACAAGCUACCUGUAGCAUAUUUGAUAUGCCAAAAAAAGUAACAACAAGUCUCACAAUGGAGAUGUUACUGGUGCCCACUUUAGCAAAUCGAUGAGCAGUGGGAUGACAGUGAUGCUUUGAUUUUAAGCCCAUUGAAGUUUUAGGCUGCAUGCAGAGGACCCAGCACUGAGUGAUCCCCUGAGUGCCACCAGAAGUGGUUCCUGAGACUCCUGAGCUCUGAGAACACUUCUAAAAGAAAAAUAAUAAGUCUUUAGACUUUUUACUUAUGAUCUUUUAGAGUGACCCAAGAGACUACUUUCUGGAAGUCCUUUGGCAAGAAUCUACUGUGGACAAGGCCCAAUAUAGGAAGCAGCAUCACCAUCCAGUAUGUUAUUUUUAGAGAGCCUCAAGAAUUUUCAAGUUGACUUUAAAAAUUUUUCAUGAACUGGAUUUGGCCAGACAAUUAGUGUCCUUAAAAGGAUUUGGGUCAGUCUCAUCUAUUUUUAAGAAAGUUAGCCUUUAAAGAAAUAGUAAAUAAGCUUCUAUAACUCUUCUCAAAAAUUAUUUGGUAAAAUACAUCCAAAUUUUAGUUUAGUUAAUAGUUCAUAUGUUCACAUUACAUUGGAUGUUAAUGCACUGAUUACUAAAUUACAAUAAAAUAUCUCUAGAAAGAUACGAGAUUCUGUGAUAAUAUGAAGAGGUACUAUUGCACAAACUUUGAAUAUUUUGUCAGUUGUAUAUACAAAAAAUUCUUAACUAAUAUUUAAUAUGGUUUUUAAGUUGGGAUAUUAAAUAUUAUAGCAUUGUGCUUUCACCUAGAUUAAAAUUGAAUACUUAUAUUUUUGAGUUGCAAAAAGAGUAUAUAUGCAAGUUGAAAUGAUUUAUUUUUUUGAGGCUAAGGUUCAGGUCUCAGGGGAAUAUGCAUGUGCAAGGCCCAGAAUGCAAUCUCUAGCACCUCAUGGUCCCCCCAGGCACCAGCAGGUGUAAUCUGAGAGGCCUAUGGGCUCUACCAGAGUGGCCCAGAUAAGUUCAUGCAACACCACUUUGCUGGGCCUAAGUGUUGAACCAUCCUGCCUGAUUGGUUGACUGUCACUAGAAUUACCCCUGGCCUCACUGAGCACUUCUUGGUAGCCCAUUCCCCCAAAUAGCACUUAUUUUCUGAGUCUACAAGAGUAUUGCUAAAAACAGAGUUUUAUAGUUGUUUCCAAGUUGUGUCAAGCUGAGCCAAUGCAUUAUAUCUUCCAUGUAAAAUUAACUAUGUAAUAAGGUAACUGUAAUUGUCUUUAUAAAAAUAAAUUCUAUCAAUCUAUUAAAUAUGAAAAUGGU